CAGGCUCGCAGGACAGGGCUGUAAGCGACGCUGUACAUACUGUGGGGGUAUCUCUUUAGAGGAAGCUGGCAGAGCGACAGGCACAGCAGCGUUUUGCUUCUCUCUUGGGCAGCUUCGAAACGGAAUAAUACAAGUGGUACUGUACUGUGACCUUUAUGUAAGGUCCAAGCCCUAAAGGAACGGGUCAUAGACGGGAGGAGAGACUCGGAGAAAGGCUUUUGACCACGGAAGGCAGGAUAAAGUGUCGAUUUCAUUAUAGAAGAAUAACUACAGCUGAGUUGUUUUGCAGUGAGUCACCAAGACCAUGGAGGCCAUCGCCAAAUACGACUUUAAAGCUACUGCCGAUGAUGAGCUUAGUUUCAAACGUGGGGAAGUCCUCAAGGUGUUAAAUGAAGAGUGCGAUCAGAACUGGUACAAGGCAGAACUAAAUGGAAAAGACGGAUUCAUUCCCAAGAAUUACAUAGAGAUGAAAGCCCAUCCGUGGUUCUUCGGGAAGAUUCCCCGUGCCAAAGCAGAGGAGAUGCUAAACAAACAGAGGCAUGAUGGGGCUUUUCUCAUUAGAGAGAGCGAGAGUGCACCAGGAGACUUCUCCCUUUCUGUGAAGUUUGGAAAUGAUGUCCAGCAUUUCAAGGUCCUUCGUGAUGGGGCUGGGAAGUAUUUCCUUUGGGUGGUGAAGUUCAACUCUCUUAAUGAGCUGGUGGAUUACCACCGCACAACUUCGGUUUCCCGCAAUCAGCAAAUCUUCCUGCGAGACAUAGAGCAGAUCACCCAGCACCCUACAUAUGUGCAAGCGCUCUUUGACUUUGACCCCCAGGAGGAAGGAGAGUUGGGUUUCAGACGCGGUGACUUCAUCCAAGUCCUGGACAACUCUGACCCCAACUGGUGGAAAGGAGGCUGCCACGGCCAAACGGGCAUGUUCCCUCGCAACUACGUCACUCCUGUUAAUCGGAACAUGUAAACAAAAAAAAAAGAAAGAAAUUCAGACCAACACAACAGCAACCAUCACCACCAUCAUUAUCACAAUUGUUCUUGACCUCAUCCUCCCCGCCAUCCAACCUACAACCAACCCCUUACCUCUCUGGGUCAUCCCCCCCACCCCCACCCCAGUGACAUAAAAGAAGAAGAAGAAGGCAAAUGACUGAAAGAGGGAGAGAGAAAGCAGGAGUAGAGCUGCCGUAGGCGUAGCUAUGUGGGUGGCAGCAGAGCGCAAUCAACCUCUAUCCGCGCUGAGAAAGUUCACCUCCCUGCUGAACGCCUCAGUGAGGACUGAACUGUCUGAGGGAAAUCAAAAUGGAGGAAAAAAAACUAAAGCAUCGUGUACCAACCGUGAAGACAACCAAAUGAUUGAACCGCUCCCACAGCUGCUUCUGUCUUCUCAACUUCUUAACAUUCUGCCCGUUUUCCUUUUACUUCUUUGCCGCAUGUUGUUUUAAUCACGUCAGCAAAUUGUCUACCAGUAAAUCGGAACUCGUUUUAAGGAAAAAUUUAUAAAAAUUAAAAAAGGAACUGUUUUAAAUAAUGUACAAAAAGAGAAGUGAUGCCAUCUUAACAUCACAGCUAGUUUCCAUGUUUUAAGACCAUUGGCAUGUAAGCAUUGUACAUCAGUUGUCAGCUUUAUAAAUGAAUCAAGUAUAGAGAGAAUCCAUUUUUUAAGAAUAUAUAUUAUAUAUUUGUAUGUUUGUCUCUUUUACCUCUAAACAAAUUGUUUUCCAUUUGUAAAUUAUGUUCGAUUUUCUGUUAGUUUAGAAUAAGACCUAGUAGCUCUAGAAUGUGAUAAUUGGCGACUUUUUCUUUCAUUUUUCCGGGGUCUUGGAUUAUGACAUUUAAGGCUUCACAGCUUCCAAUUUGAGAAGAUUUCUUGUCUGUCAUGCAAGUACAGUAAAGUUAGUUAUCUGAAGGAGCCAGUCUUGUCAGAAAGCUAAUAAUGACCAGCAACAAGAGCCGUGAGUGCUGAGAAAGCCCUUCAGCUACCUUAGCACACUGAUGGCAACCAUGCUAUUUUGGCAGUGACUGUAGCUGACUUCACCUAUCGACAAACAUGAGGGAAGCACCGGUCUGAGAACUGAACCACACAAGGGAUUUCAAACGACAUGCUGAAGUAGUAGUGUUGUCAAUAUUCAUUUAGAGAGUGGUCCACACGGAUGUAUACAGGUAGUCAACGGUCAUAUUCAGAUACAUUAAAUGCAUGCACAAGCAGACACUCUCCUGCGAGUAACAAAAGGGGCUGAGUUUGGGUAAUCGCCAGUGCAGACCUGCAGCUGGCAGAAAACUGAGAUUGUUUUUUUUUUUUGUUGUUUUUUUUUUUUUUUUCAAAUGCUAAAAGUUGAGAGAUCAGCUGAAAUAAUGUAAACAACUUAUUUGUUUUUGUGUUUAAUGUGCCGUGUGGUCAAGCACUUUCUUUUUUUUUUUUUUUUUGGUUUUGGUUUUUUUAGAACCUUUAAAUUUUUGUGCGUUCAGUGCGUGUUUAUUUACCGUUUGUGUUCACCUUGUUUUGUUUGUUUCCGUUUCUUGUUCUCUCUGGAUAGUGCCUUUCUCUGAUGUGUCAGUGUCUCCGAUCUGCUACUUUGAGCCCCAUCCCGCUUUGCUCAGGAUCUGCCGGUCCUGCGUUGAUAGUAAAUGUAAAUAAUCAAAGAUGUCCCAUCAGAUAAAACUCAGCAUUCUUUCCUCCUACAUCAGGCCACCUUCACCCUCACCAACAAGGAACUGUUGUGUCUCUCUCCUCGUCUUACCUUUCGACACUUUGCUUUUUUUUUUUAUUUGCGUCUGUGUUUUCAAUUAAUAAAAUGCAGUUAUUAAAAAAA